AUGAACAGAUGGUCUACUUUUUUGUCCAGAUUUCCCAGAGAGUGCAUAUUAGCCGUCAGGAUGGCACCUUAUGCUCAUCUGGUGGUUUAUAAAGUAUGUUUUGGUCCAGAUUGCCCAGAGAGUGACAUAUUAGUCGGGCUUGAUGCUGCAGUAGCUGAUGGAGUUGAUGUGAUAUCAAUUUCUGUUGGAGAAGAAAACAUACCUUUUUUUCAAGGCAACAUUGCAAUAGCCUCAUUUGCAUCUAUCCAAAAAGGAAUCUUUGUGAGUUGUGCAAUAGGGAACUCAGGUCCGUUCAAUGGCACUGCAACAAAUAUAGCUCCAUGGGUUCUAACAAUUGGUGCUAGCACAACUGAUAGAAAAGUCAAAGCCACAAAAAAGCUAGGAAACGAUAAGGAAUUUGAUGGUGAAUCUUUAUUUCAGCCAAAAGGUUUCCCUUCUUCUACACUUUCACCACUCGUGUAUGCUGGUUCUAAUGAGCAGUUAGUGAAUGCUAUAAAGUUCAAUGAAUAUUCAUCUGUUGUUGUAUCAGCAGGGUAUGAUCGUUCCUUACGUGCCUGGGACUAUAGAUCUCACAACACUGAGCCAAUUCAGAUCAUUGACACCUUUCUAGAUAGCAUUAUGUCUAUUUGUUUAACAAAAACUAAGAUUAUUGUUGGAAGUGUUGAUGGAACUAUACGCACAUUUGACAUCCGGAUUGGUUUUCUUGAGUUUGGGGUGAGUUCAUUGUUGGAAUCAAUGACAUCCAACUUUUCAUCCAUGGUGGUUCAAGUAAUAUCACAUAGCGGGGAAGGGAUUGUAUCAAAUGUUGUGUAUGCCUUACUUCGUGUUUCCGCAAUGUCAAGGGUUGCUUAUGUUAAUGUUGAAGCUAACUAUUCAGGGAAUCCUUACCUUGCAAGUUAUGACAUUAGUUCCAUGCAUAAAAUGAAUCCUGUGCAACCUGUUGCAAAAGGUUACCCUCAAUAUGGGCCUGGGCCUGGAUCUUGGGGAUCAUAUGAUAUGCAAAGGGCUCAAGAACACAGAUAG